ACAAAACGUUGCGUAAUUAGGCCUUCACAUCAUCGGCUUCAGAAUUCACAGUCAGUCAUAGAUCUUCCUUGCCUUCCCCGAGGAAAGAAACGGGAUGACCCCAACUGACUUUCCCAUCAAAUGUGAGCAAUCCUUCCUCUACUUGAGCUUCAUCUUCACAUCUCUCUACGUUCUCCAUUGCUCAGUCCUGCAGAGAUUCCUGCUGGGCCACGAGCAAGUCCAUAUCAAGAAGUCCGCCGAUCUUCCCCUCCGGUUCCGAUCGGAUGGCACCUUCAAGAUCCUUCAGGUGUCUGAUAUGCACUUCGGCAAUGGGGCCGCCACUCGGUGCAGAGAUGUCUUGCCGUCUGAAUUCGGGUCUUGCUCGGAUCUCAACACGACCCGUUUCGUUAGGCGGUUGAUUGAGGCAGAAAGGCCUGAUUUUAUUGCCUUCACAGGGGAUAACAUAUUUGGGCAGACCUCGGUUGAUGCUGCUGAAUCUAUGUUCAGAGCCUUCACUCCAGCCAUGGAAUCGAAACUGCCGUGGGCAGCAAUUUUAGGGAACCAUGACCAAGAAUCUACCAUGACCCGCGAGGAGCUCAUGUCCUUUAUUUCUCUCAUGGAUUAUUCAAUCUCAGAGAUCAAUCCACCUGCUGAGAAAGGAAUUCAUGGGUUCGGGAACUAUCACCUUCAGGUCCAUGGGGUCCUUGGAUCCAGUCUUGCGAACAGCAGUGUUCUCAAUCUCUUCUUCCUUGACAGCGGAGACAGGGAAGUUGUCAAUGGGCGGAGGACUUAUGGGUGGAUUAGGGAAUCACAGCUUUGUUGGCUUCAGGGUUUGUCUCAGAAACUCCAGGACCAAAGAUUGGAUCUUGAUCGAAAGUCAACAGAUAGCUUGACUCCUGCUCUCGCUUUCUUCCACAUCCCAAUUCCUGAAAUUUGGGAUUUAUGGUACAAAAAGUUCAUUGGCCAAUUCCAAGAGGCAGUUGCCUGUUCCUCGGUUAACUCCGGGGUUCUACGGGCCUUUGUCUCAACGGGAGACAUCAAGGCUGCCUUUAUGGGCCACGAUCACAAGAAUGAUUUUUGUGGGAACUUAAAUGGGAUUUGGUUCUGUUAUGGUGGUGGGAGCGGAUAUCAUGGGUAUGGGAUGGCAGGGUGGCCUAGAAGGGCAAGAGUGAUUCAAGCGGAGCUUGAGCAGAAAUAUAGGGAAUGGACCGGAGUGAAGAGGAUAAGCACGUGGAAACGUCUCGACAAUGAGAGGCUGAGCGUGAUUGACGAUCAAGUGCUCUGGGAAUUGCAAUGAUCUUGACCGUGCCACUCUUAGUUACAGGUUUCUUUUCGUCUGUAAUAUAUCUUGCCUGUGUUUCUCUUUCACAUCUUUGCUUCUUAUUAUUGAGAAACGGAAUGUCAUUGUUGUACUAUAUUGUGUUCUCUACUUGCAUUUCUUUUCCACUUGUUUUCUAAGGCAAGGCUUUGAACAUGAAAUUGAGUUUAAUAAAAUCACUACUCUUGUAUUAUUUCUAUAA